AAUCUUUAUUUAAAUAAAACAAUGACUCAUCAAAACCCUUUAAAUGAAUAUGGGGCAGAGGCGGGUCUUCAAGCGCCGCCCAGCGGCGUCAGCCGAUGACGUGUGACAUACUUGAGCUGCAUACAAACCAGAGCUGACUGAGGGUCUCCAGUUAGUGUUCAUCGCUUCACUGGACAAGACACCGUUGAUUUCUGAUUUCAGGCCGCAGGACAACCAGUCACUCGUGAUGACUCACCAGUCCCCGACACUCUCCGAGGCGCAGAAGAGGGAGCUGCAUGAGACCGCUCUACGCAUAGUUUCUCCAGGGAAGGGCAUCUUGGCUGCAGAUGAAUCUGUGGGCAGCAUAGCCAAGCGCCUGGCCCAGGUCGGGGUGGAGAACACGGAGGAGAACCGCAGACAGUACCGGCAGAUUCUCUUCAGCGCAGACGAUCGCAUCAACGGCUGCAUCGGAGGGGUCAUCUUCUUCCACGAGACGCUGUACCAGCAGACUGACAACGGCGUCCUCUUUGUCAAAAUGAUCAGGGAGAGGGGCAUCAUGGUCGGCGUCAAGGUUGACAAGGGUGUCGUCCCCCUGGCAGGAACUAGUGGAGAAACCACCACACAGGGUCUGGACGGACUGUCGGAGCGCAUAGCGCAGUACAAAAAGGAUGGAGCUGUCUUUGCAAAGUGGCGCUGUGUGCUUAAAAUCAGCGACACCAAUCCGUCUAAACUGGCUAUUACAGAAAAUGCGAAUGUUCUCGCGCGCUACUCCAGCAUCUGCCAGCAGCACGGCAUUGUGCCCAUCAUCGAGCCGGAGAUUUUGCCUGACGGAGAUCAUGACCUGAAGCGCAGCCAGUACAUCACUGAGAAGGUCCUGGCUGCAGUGUACAAGGCCAUGUCGGACCACCAUGUGUACCUGGAGGGCACUCUGCUCAAACCCAACAUGGUCACCGCCGGACACAGCUGCCCCACUAAAUACACUCCGGAGGAGGUUGCCAUGGCGACCGUCACCACCCUGCGCCGCACUGUUCCCCCGGCGGUCACAGGAGUGGCUUUUCUCUCGGGCGGUCAGAGCGAAGAGGAGGCCUCUGUCCACCUCAAUGCCAUCAACAACUGCCCUCUGGUCAAACCCUGGGUCCUGACGUUCUCCUUCGGCCGAGCCCUGCAAGCGUCUGCACUCAGAGCGUGGAGAGGACACAAGGAGAACGAGAAAGCCGCCACCGAGCAGUUCAUCAAGAGAGCAGAGGCGAACAGUCUGGCCUGUCAAGGGAAGUACAACGGCGGAGAUAAUUAUGGCGAGUCUGGCCAGCGCAGCUACGGCUCCUGUCAUGCAUACUGAGUCGUCAGAGAGGCCGCGUUUCUGUCAUAACAAAGGAGAGGAAUUGUAAUGUAGAUAAGACGUUAUUUCAGAGCUCUGACACUCAUGAUCAGCAGGACAUGGAUAUUUUUUUUGCAUGCACGCCGGAUGUUUGCUUUACGAAUGGACAUGCUUUUGUGACACUGCCAAAACUAAAGCUUUAAAAUCUUGCGAUUAUCACACACGGAGCAGUUGUUAGUUAUUAAAUUGGAUAUCACAUGGAAAUAUCUAAGCUAAUCUGUCUCUGAAGUGCCCUGGUAGAAAGUACAAUCUAUGCUGCAGAAAUGAACUACACGAUGGGGUUUUGUGCCUGUUUUCAUUCUAAAUUUUAUGUAGUAGUUUGAUUGUAUGUAAGCAUUCAAUAAAUAAAACAGUGUUCAGGUUCA